CCAGCAGCGGCAGUGCGUCUUGUGAAUUUCUAGUGAGCCGGCUGUGCGAGAGCAAAAGUGUGUCGCGCGUCCCGAUUUGCGGAGGAAAGGAUGAAUUAGUACUAGGCGCCCCUUCGACCUGCUCAAGCGGUUUAUAUGCAGAUGCUACAAUACAAUGGAAGAAAUAUUGAAAAAAGGUGAAGCAGAAGGUUGUCCCAUCGGGCAGGCAAACCUAGGUUUCUUUAAAACGGACGAACAGCAAAAUAUUCCCGCAAACGACGUUUUUGUACUUGUCGUCCACUACGAUUUUGAGAACCAAGCAAUUGCUCGAAAAGGGGAUUCUCAUGACGUGCAGAACCUGAAAACAACGUUCGGAAAAAACAGGAAUUGCAACUUUCGUAGUCUGAAGUCGCCAAAAAAAGAGCAUUUGCUCGAUUUUCUUGGCGACCAGGACAAGCUCUUACGAUUUUUCUCCUCAAAAGAUCCCCCAGAGGUAUUUCUUCUUUUUGUGCUAUCUCAUGGAUAUGAAGAUGGAAUCAUUUAUACCGACCAUUUCCUCGACGAUCAGAAAACUUUCGCUCAUUUCACGACAGAUGAAGUCUUUGACUCGAUUAAAAAGUUGACCAAGUUCGAAAACAGCCUCAAACUCAUCAAUUUCGGCCCCUGUCGCGGGGGAUUACCCGAUCCAAAAUUUAACAGGAAUAAGGAAGUGUGUGAAGAGACGUACAAAAACCGAAACGCCAGUAGGAUCACGUUCACUCCAGCAAUCCACAAUUUGGUGGUUUUCUAUUCAACCGUUGAAACAACGCUAGCAAACAGAAAUGAACUUGGGUCUUGGUUUGUACAAAAAUACUGUGACUGUUUAAAUCAUACUGAGGAAAAGCCGUUGUUGAUUUUCCUCUCGAUGGUGCAGAACAGCAUGCACUAUACAUCCUUGCCUAAUUUGAAAACGGGCGAAUCCCUGGGUCAGACGCCAGAGAUAAAGAUGUUCACUCAAGACCGACAAUUCAUCAUAUCAAGGACACUGAUUAAUCCAGUGACAUAUCCGAACACUGAUGGAAAAAUGGCGAAACCUGGGUCAAAUACGAUACAUUCCAAACAAUUCACAUGGAAGUCCGAUGAAGGACAGAACGUUCGAGGUCGAAACGCAUUCAUUUUGUAUGAGCAACAUGAUGAACAUGUGGAAGAACUGGUUAAGUCAGUUCGCAACUUGGACUUCGAGACAAGAUUAUUUCGACUAAACAAACGCUCAUUGGACUCCUACUUCAAAAUCUGUAGCGGGUUAGAACACGACGUCGGCUGCAUUUUGACAUGCAUGUUUUGUGAAUUGAGUGAAAAAGAUGACAAGGAAGUUUGCAUACUUGUCGACCAAGAGAAGAAAUCAUUCACAGAUAUCCUGCACAGCUUCGUUGGCCCGAGAAACGCUCAGUGGAUCGGACGGCCAAAAAUAUUUGUUCUAAUUAAUCAAGAGGCAUUGGAACGUGACACACUUUUACCAGAGAGAAAGUUUGAUAUUUCUGCUACGAAUCACAGUGGCUGGCUGGUUCUGAUUUUAAAGGAUAAAGAUUUGUUAGAAAAGCUGAUCAGGAUCUUCAAAUGCGAGGAUCUCCAAAAAGGAAAACCCCUUCAAGAACUUUUGUCUCCUUUGCUGAUUUCUGAAUCAAAGAAGAACAAUGUUUUGCUCAACUCUACGCUGCAAUACCUCCUCGACUUCCCCGACUGGCCACGCUCAUUCGUCAGGCUAAGUUUCAGUUUGAGGGAAAAUGAAAGCUCGAAGGUCAAUAUCUUUGAAUUUGAUGAGAUGGUAAAAGAAGCGAAAAAAUCAUUUGAAAAAGGUCAAGUUUUGCUCAUGAGUUCCGGUGCCGGUGCCGGAAAAACGACAGUUCUUAAAGAAAUCACUUACCAACUCGGCAAAUCAGACCCUGACUUGAAAAUUUUGUAUAUCUCGCUGAAGAAACAUUCGCUGAAUAUUUUGAAAAUUCGAAACCUCAUCAAAUUCCUUGCGCAUGCAACGCAUCAUUCCAUAGACGAUAUCCAAAGGUUGAUCGAAGAGAAAAAAGCAGUUGUUUUCUUAGACGGAUUCGAUGAAAUCUGCCCCAUUCUCAGAGAAAACGUUAUCACACUGUUCCAUGCAUUAAAAGAAAGGCGAAUUCCUACAUUUAUCGCAACGAGACCACACGAGGCAGAAAUAAUCAAGGAACGAAUAAAUUGCGAAGUACUUGUUGAGGUUGAACCUCUGGACAAAGAAAAGCAAAUCGAGUUUUUGAAAAUUGUAGCCGGAAUGAAUGAAGAGGAAUGCAUAGAGUUCAUAAAUGAUUUUGAGGAAAAGGAUAUUUUGGAGAAUCCACUGCACCUUUCACUACUAGCAACAAUCAAAGGCGAAGGAAACUUGUAUCAGAUUUACGAAAAGGUCGUGGAAAAGAAACUUGAGCUCUGCUUAGUGAGAGAUGGAUACAAUAUUGACGACAGGACAACUUUCCCUCUAAAGAUGGAAUUGGCUUCGAGCCAUCUUCAGCUGAUUGCUCUGCGCUUCCUGAGGAAUGACGAGAGCCUGAUUGGACAAGGAAUAAGUCAAGAAGACUUGGAAAAGAUGAAUGAUUAUGGCGUUGCAACUGUUCUGGACGGAGAAGUCACGUUUUUGCAUCAGACAUUUGCUGAAUUUCUGGCCACAAAGCAAUUCUUGAAGAAUUUUGAUUCGUCACAAGCAUUGGAUCCGGCCCUGUUCCAAGAUAGUACUUUUGCGCAGUGCAGGAAGUUUCUGGACAUAUUCUACUGCACUCUGGAAAAAGAGGAAGAUGAAGAUUUGAUAUAUCACACUGAAGCUCUACUAGCUGUCGCCAAAUCUAUUGGCCCUGUAUUAUUCUUGAAGAAAGUCGUUGAAGAUAACCUAAGACAAGUUUUCAGAAUGCUUAAAUCCAAAAUUUCAUUUCACGCAGAAUCAAAUGCGUUCAUUUGCAUAGAAAAGAGCCCAGAACUGUUGAUGAGUGCAAUCGGCAAAGAAGAAAUCGCCGUUCAACUGCUGGAAAUGAGAGUUGUUGAUAAAACAGGCUUGGAAGAAAUUUUGCCUGAUUUGCUGCGAAAUAUUGAAGAGAAUAAUGCGGUUGUCAUACUGAAGAAAUUGAGAAUGGAAUUUUCGGAUCUUCCACUUAUGAUUGAAGCCUGCUAUUCAUACGAUUCUGAAACGAGCAAAAGGCUGAUGAAAGUUGGAUUUACAGCAAUUCGAAAUGAUUUCGACAUUCUUCUCGACACGCUUAUCCAGAUUGGAAUUCGUGCUGUUGAUGCAUUUGAUGAAGAAGAAAACAGUCUCUUUGCGGCUUGCAGAUAUGGAAGUGUCAAGUGCUUGAGAGUUCUGCUCAAACACGGCGCUCAAAAAGUAUUUUACGCUAGUACUCGCUAUGAUCCUUUGAAUGUGGCCACAGAAUUCGGUCAUUUGGACCUGGUGAAGUUCCUAAUGGAAGAAAAUCCCAGCUUAUUCAAAAGAGAUGAAUCCACAUUGGUUCUCGAUGGGCUGCCAGACAUUUGGAAUCCUUUCCAAUAUGCUAUCAUGUACGGACGCAAAGAAAUAGCCGCGUAUUUUCUUUCAAAGUGCCCUUGUUUGAUCGAAAGUAGAACGAAGGAUGGAAAAAACCCAAUGCAACUGGCAGCUAUUUUGAGAAAGUGGGAAGUACUCGAAUGGCUAGCUCAGUUACCAAACACUGAUAUCAAAUCUUUGAUCCCUGACGGAGACAGUAUAAAUUGGACGCAAUUUGAUCUUGAAAAUUAUGAGCACUACUUGAUGCUUCAAGGAGAAGUCAUUGAAAAAGAUGAAAAGGGGAGAAGUGUCCUCCAUUAUGCUGCAAAAUAUGGUUAUACUGACCUUGUUGCAAAAUUCAUCGAGGCCGGUGCCGACAUCGAAGCCACGGACGUAGACGGCUGGAACGCGUUACACUUUGCUUGUCUUUUGGACAAAAAUAUUGAAACAAUUAAGCUACUACAUUCACGGAGCAAACAACUUGCUAAGACAAAGACAAGUAAAGGACAAACAGCUUUGCAUAUUUUUGCGCAAUAUUGUGACCAAAAUGAUUUUGGAAAAGCAAUUUCGAGUAGCGUAGACAUUGCGAGGUUUUUGUUUGAAGACGCUGGUGUUGAUUUAAGUGCCAGGGACAAUGAAGGAGAUAGAGCUUCUUUUAUAGCUGAUGAAAGAGGAUUAGACAAAUCCAUAAUAAUGUUUCUUACAGCACAACACAUUGAUCCCUCUGAAAAGUAUGACUUGAUGAAUUCAUCGGUGAUUUUUUCCGUAUCAGAAGCUGGUGAUUUGCUUUCACUGCAACAAUGGAUUCAACAAGGCGGAGAUUUGUCAAUGAGAGAUGAAUCUGGACGUACGGCACUGCAAUUAACGGAAGAGAAAGGGGAGUUUAGAUUAAUGAAGAAGAACGAAACUGGAGAGAAUAUACGGUUCAAUGAACAAGAGAGGGAGGGUUCGCUCUUGCUAGCCUGUAAACAAAAGAACUGGGAUAAGGUUAAAAAUUUGCUUGAAUCCAAGAAUUUGAGCAUCAACAGGCAAGACAAAGAUGGAAGAACGGCUCUACAUUAUGCCGCAGAAGAAGGACAUUUUGGUUUGGUCUUCCAGUUGCUUAGCCAAAGAGCUGAUAUGCAUGUGAAGGAUCACAAUGGAUGGACGGCGUUGCAUUACGCCAUUCUUACGAACAAUACAGAUUUGGUUCAAAAGCUGAUCGACAGUGGUGCUGAUCUCGACUCGAAAACUAAGAGGGGAGAGACAGCUCUGCACAUCGCUGCCUAUAAAGGCUUUACAGAAUUAACGCAAAAAUUGAUUGAGUGCGGUGCGGAUGUAAAUUCUAAGAACAAUCAUGGUUUGACAUGUUUAAACAUCGCCACAGUUAAUAGAAAUCUGGAUUUGUUGGAAGUUCUCUUAAAAAAUAAAGCUGAUGUAAACAAUGAAUAUAAGCUUUUUGGAAUUACCCCUCUACACCAUGCUGCACUAGAGAACUAUCCAGAAAUUUUAGAAAUGCUUGUCGAUCACGGUGCAGAUGUGAAUUUUCAAGAUAAAGAAGGAUGGACACCUCUGCACUUUGCUGCCAGGUAUAAUCCAGAACUGAGUCAAACGCUACUAGACCAUGGUGCAGACGCGAAUUCAAAAGAUAAUGAUGGAUGGACAGCUCUGCACUUUGCUGCAAGAUUUAAUCCAGAUCUGAGUCAAAUGCUGCUAGACCAUGGUGCAGACGUGAAUUCAAAAGAAAUUGAUGGAUGGACUCCUCUGCUCCUUGCUGCAAGGUUUUAUCCAGAGCUGAGUAAAACGCUUUUAAAUCAUGGUGCUGAUGUAAAUUCAAAUACAAAAAUGGGAUCUUCUCCUCUGCACUUUGCUGCAAGAUAUAAUCCAGAACUAAGUCAAACGCUGCUAGAUCACGGUGCUGAUGUAAAUUCAAAAAAUAAUAAUGGAUGGACAGCUCUGCACUACGCUGCAAGAUUUAAUCCAGAUCUGAGUCAAAUGCUACUAGAUCAUAGAGCAGACGUGAAUUCAAAAGAUAAUGAUGGAUGGACAGCUCUGCACUUUGCUGUAAGGUAUAUUCCAGAACUGAGUCAAACGCUACUAGACCAUGGUGCAGACGCGAAUUCAAAAGAUAAUGAUGGAUGGACAGCUCUGCACUACGCUGCAAGAUUUAAUCCAGAUCUGAGUCAAAUGCUACUAGAUCAUGGUGGGGAUGUUAAUGCAAAGACAAAAAGGGGAUAUACACCCCUGCACUAUGCUGUAUGGCAUAAUCCAGAACUGAGUCAAACGCUACUACAUCACGGCGCUGAUGUCAAUUUGAAAGAUAAUGAUGAAUGGACACCUCUGCACUUUGCUGCCAGGUAUAAUCCAGAACUGAGUCAAACGCUACUAGACCAUAGAGCAGACGUGAAUUCAAAAGAUAAUGAUGGAUGGACAGCUCUGCACUUUGCUGUAAGGUAUAUUCCAGAACUGAGUCAAACGCUACUAGACCAUGGUGCAGACGCGAAUUCAAAAGAUAAUGAUGGAUGGACAGCUCUGCACUACGCUGCAAGAUUUAAUCCAGAUCUGAGUCAAAUGCUACUAGAUCAUGGUGCUCAGGUGAAUUCAAAGACAAAAGCUAGACGGACUCCUCUUCACUUUGCUGCAAGGUAUAAUCCAGAACUGAGUCAAACGCUACUAGACCAUGGUGCAGACGUGAAUUCAAAAGAUAAUGAUGGAUGGACAGCUCUGCACUACGCUGCAAGAUUUAAUCCAGAACUGAGUCAACAGCUCCUAGAUCACGGCGCUGAUGUCAAUUCAAAAGAUAAUGAUGGAUGGACAGCUCUGCACUACGCUGCAAGAUUUAAUCCAGAACUGAGUCAACAGCUCCUAGAUCACGGCGCUGAUGUCCAUUCAAAAGAUAGUGAUGGAUGGACAGCUCUGCACUUUGCUGCAAGAUUUAAUCCAGAUCUGAGUCAAAUGCUGCUAGAUCAUGGUGCUCAGGUGAAUUCAAAGACAAAAGCUGGACGGACUCCUCUUCACUUUGCUGCAAGGUAUAAUCCAGAACUGAGUCAAACGCUACUAGACCAUGGUGCAGACGCGAAUUCAAAAGAUAAUGAUGGAUGGACAGCUCUGCACUACGCUGCAAGAUUUAAUCCAGAACUGAGUCAACAGCUACUAGAUCACGGCGCUGAUAUCCAUUCAAAAGAUAAUGAUGGAUGGACAGCUCUGCACUACGCUGCAAGAUUUAAUCCAGAACUGAGUCAACAGCUACUAGAUCACGGCGCUGAUGUCCAUUCAAAAGAUAAUGAUGGAUGGACAGCUCUGCACUUUGCUGCAAGAUUUAAUCCAGAUCUGAGUCAAACGCUGCUAGAUCAUGGUGCUCAGGUGAAUUCAAAGACAAAAUAUGGACGGACUCCUCUUCUCUUUGCUGCCAGAUAUAAUCCAGAACUGAGUCAAACACUACUAGACCAUGGUGCAGACGCGAAUUCAAAAGAUAAUGAUGGAUGGACAGCUCUGCACUACGCUGCAAGAUUUAAUCCAGAACUGAGUCAACAGCUACUAGAUCACGGCGCUGAUGUCCAUUCAAAAGAUAGUGAUGGAUGGACAGCUCUGCACUUUGCUGCAAGAUUUAAUCCAGAUCUGAGUCAAAUGCUGCUAGACCAUGGUGCAGACGUGAAUUCAAAGACAAAAGCUGGACGGACUCCUCUUCACUUUGCUGCAAGGUAUAAUCCAGAUCUGAGUCAAAAGUUGCUGGACCAUGGUGCUGCUGUGUAUCUAGACGAUAGAGAAGGAUGGACAGCUCUGCACGUUGCUGCAAGGUGUAAUCCAAAAUUAGCACUAAAGCUGAUCGACCACGCCAUGAAUGCGGAUAUUUUGGAAUCAAAAUUCAAAAAUGAAUGGACUGCGUUGCAUCUUGCUAUGGAAAUGAACUGCCCAGAAUCAGUGCAAAAGCUUCUCGUCAAGGGUGCUGAUGUUAAUUUACAAAAUGGUGAUGGAUGCAAGGCCCUUCAAUUAGCCAAAGCACAGAACUAUCGAGCACUGGAGGAAAUGCUCCUCGACCAGAGAAUUUUUAAGAGUUUAAAACUCACGACAGGAACUUCGGCUCUAACACUCGCCAUUGAAUCAAAUAAUUUGACAGUUGCUGAAAUUCUUAUUAAUAAUGGCGGUGAUUUGACGGUUCAGGACGAGAAAGGAAUUAACAUUUUACAACAUGUUUUGAAGAACUUUGAAAUGGUAAAAUACUUGCAUGAGAAAAACGGUGAAUUAGUGAAGCAAGUGACAAACGAUGGAAGCACUUACCUGCACCUUGCAAUUGACAACGACGACUGUCCCCUUGAAGUGAUCCUUUGGCUCAUUGAAGAAAUCAAAAUUGAUGCUAAUGCGACGAAUGAAUUCGGUGAAACGGCGUUCAUGAUUGCUUGUAAAAAGAAUCGAAGAGACGUCGUCGAAUAUUUGUUGGCAAACAAGGGCAUAGACUUAAGCAAAGGAGAUGGAGAUGGGAGGACUGCCCUGCACCAUGCCGCCAGAUCAGGAUGUGUGGAUUUAGUGCAAAAUCUGCUCGAUCAUGGCGCUGAUUUAACAAAAAGGGAUAAUUACAACACAAAUGUCCUGUUCUAUGGAUUGAAAAGUAAGGAAAUGAUUUUAUAUCUAAACAGGAAAAAUUCGGAAUUCAUAAAAGCAGUGGACACUCUACAAAACACUUUACUUCUGUAUGCGAUCGAAUUUUUUUAUAUGGUUGAUAGGGAUGUGGUUCAUUGGCUAAUCAAUGAAUCCGGAAUCGAUCUAAAUGCCGUGGACGGUGAGGGCAAUUCAGCUUUUAUUGUGGCCUGUAUGAGGAGAAAGUGGGAUUUUGUCGAAACUCUAUUGACGAAGGAUGUGGAUAUCCAAGUUAAAGAUGAAGAAGGAAAAAACCCUCUACAUUAUGCUGCAGAAUCAGGAUACUUUGAUUUGGUGCAGAAGCUUAUCGAACGUGGUGUCAAUCCGACUUUGAAAGACAAUCUCGGAAAGAACACAAUGCACUACGCAUUGCAACACUUGGAUAUUGUUAAAAGCUUGGACAGAGAACUGGCGAAGGAAGUGACCAAAGAUAAAAACACUUCCUUGCACAUUGCAAUCGAGAUCUAUGAUUAUUCGAUUGAAGUGAUUCGGUGGCUCUUAAAUGAAGCUCAAGUAGAUGAAAAUGCUAAAAAUGAAAAUGGUGAAACUGCGUUGAUGACAGCUUGUUCGAAAAAUAGAUUUGACGUCUUACAAAUUCUUCUGGAAAAAAAAGCAGACAUCAGCAUUCAGGACAACCAAGGACAGACUGCUCUGCACCACGCCGCGAGAUCGGGACACUUAGACUUAAUUAAAAUGCUGUUUGAUCAUUUAGACUUGAAGAAGGACGAAGAUGGCUUUUCAGACAUCCAUCAGACUCUCGUUGAACUUGUCAAAGAAGUUGACGAGGAGGACAACACAUUGUUAAUCUUGGCGAUGAAAAGUAGUGAAAAGUUUGACGAGAAGGUGAUUGGUUGGUUGGUCGAGGACAUCACAUUAGAUUUGAAUGCGGUCAACUGCAAUGGUGAAUCAGCGCUUCUUCUCGCUUGCAAGCACAGGAAAUGGGACGCUGUUGACAUUUUGCUGUCCAGAGACGACACUCACAUCGGUUCCAAAGAUCAGAAAGAAAGAACUCCUUUGCACUGGGCCGCAGUGGCUGGAAACCUGGCUGUAGUUCAGAGGCUGGUCGAGCGUGGCGCUGACCUGACUUUGAAGGACAGCGACGGAAUGAACGUGAUGCACCAUGCCCUGAAACACGUCGAAACGGUAAAAUUCCUUCACAAUCUGAACAAUGGGCUUGUGACGGAAAUAACUAAAAACGGAAGCACCUGUUUGCACCUGGCAGUCAUUCGCGGCUCAACUGAAGUGAUUCGGUUGUUAGUCGAUGAGGGAAUCGAAGUCGAUCUGGACAAAAGCAAUGAGCUGGGUUUGACCGCGCUUUUGCUUGCAUGCCGCAGGAAUAUGUGGGAGGUCGUCGGUCUUUUGGUGGAGAACAACGUGGACGUCAGCAAAACAGACCGAGCGGGUAAAAAUGUCCUCAACUACGCUGAAGAAGCAGACCAUUUCGAUUUGGUAGAAAAACUGUAUGUGUUAAGCGCUCCUAAGUAAUUUUAUUUUAUAUUUUCUAUUAACUUUAAAGGGAAAAUAAUAUUUUUGAGCUUUAUGUUGCCUUCAUAUUAAUUGAAAAUUCGUGUUUUUAUCUUGUAUAACUAACUUUAAAUAUUGUAUCCUUUAGUUUGGUUUUUAUAUAUUUUAAAGUGAAAAAUUAAAUUGUUCAUAAUAUAAUAUUUGACUUUUAAUUUUUAAAUCUCUUCACCCACUUACAUAAAUAAAAAUGCUGCCUUUCGUAAGCGGGGAAUAAAUAAAGUAGAACAUAAGGCAUCUAUUUUUUAAAAAUGAGAUUUGCAAAUGAAUGCAUGUUAUACUUACUCCAAUUAUUUUCUCAAUUUUUAGUUUUUACCAUGCAAAGAUUUAUUUUGUCAAUUGUACAAUGUGAAAUUCGCUACGACACUUAUUUAAACAGAGAAAUGAGAUGAUUAUAAAAAUAUUAUAUUUUAAACUCAGUCUAUUAUUCACACCAAUUUACAAUGAUUCCACUCUGGCGUGCAAUUUAUUUCACAAGUUGAGAGUUUAAAAAGUUUUCUAUACAUAAAAAUGAAUGUAAAUUUAUAAAACAAUUUUUCUAAAUUUAUGUGUCUCUACUAAUUUUAAAUUGCACUAUUAACUAUUUAUCGUUAGAAAUCCUGGGCAAAUUAAUGUUACAAUAUUUGAAGAAAUUAAAUUUGAGCGUGGUGCAUUGAAGGAUUGUUUAAAAGAAAUGAAUAAAGGAAAUUUCAGAUUUUUAUUAUUAUUAAAACAAUGUCUCACGGCGGAGGAAAGGAGGAUUUUAUCUGCAGGGUUGGCGUCGAGGAUGACCUUGCUUGUUGAGCUCGGCCAGAGGCUGCUCGCGGCUCUGCGUCGGCGUGGCUCCGCUUGCUCGCCUCCAGCUGGGGCUGCAUCAGCCUGUUGACGUAGGAAACCUCUCCGAGCGCCGACUCCUCGCGACUCAGGGCGCACCCGACACUCCGCUCGUUCGCUUCACUUCCUCCAAGCCACUCGACGCCACACCCUCCACUGCCAAAAUGAUCAAUUUGCAAUCGGCUUUCAAAGGGAAAGCGCAGAUGGGGCGGGUCUCUCAGGAUUGUCGGCGCCGUCGUCCUGCUCGAGGUUGUGAAGGAAGUGCAGCUGGCCCUUGCGCCUGCGCAGACUGCGUUCGCCCUUUGUGUAGUCUAGAUUGUCUAAAUUUUUAAUAAUUUUAAAAUGAAUCUCUUAUGUAACUCUUCGGAAUGAUCCGCACGACCGGCCGUGAAACAAGAAUAACCGUGUUUUCGUAUAAAAUUUGCAUUUCUUUAUUUUUCUUUUAACGUUGCGCGAGCACUGUUUCACUCAAAGUAGUUUUGGCGGCGUCUUCUCCAUGCCCCAAAAUGUAUUUUUCCAGCUUUUAAUAAAACCAAAGAGACAAAUAAA